AUGAGGUGGUUGUGCUACGCAACUCCUCAGGAGGAAUCGAACCUGCAUUCCCAUUUUAGGUCUACUUUCGGCUUAAUUUUGUUGCUUAUACCGGUUUGCCGCCAUCUUUCUUCUCUGCCUUCUGCAAUUUUCUUCUUAUUUCCUCCUCACACUCCUCCUCAUUCUGUGACCUUCCUUCUUCCUCAUCUUCUUCUCGACAGCUAUCCGUCUUUCUUUUUUCUUUGUCUUAUAUUUCAUCAUCAUCAUCAUCAUCAUCAUCAUCUUCUUCUUCUUCUUCUUCUUCUUCUUCUUCUUCUUCUCAUCAUUUUCAUACCCAUAUUAUACUUAAUUUUAUUUGUUAUUGUUGCGUUGCUUCUUCUUCAUCAUCAUCUGCCCCCUCCUUCCUUUCUUCUUCUUCUUCUUCUUCUUAACACCACCUACAUCAAAGGGUUCCUCUUUUAUUUUUUCUUUUUGGUUUCCAUUUUUUUUUCGCUUCUUCCCUUUCUUCAUAAAUUCUUACCAUACCUUUUCUCUUUUUUGCCUCAUUUUUCAAUCUCUAACAACCCCCGCCCACGUUGUUUCUGUUCUUUUUUCGAUUUCUUCAUCAUUCUUUCUCGCUUCUUUAUAAUCCAUCCAGCAUCUUCUUCCAACAACUUCCACCUCAUUUACCCAGACAUGUUUCCUCUUUCUUUCUUUCUUUCUUUCUUUCUUUCUUUCUUUCUUCUCUUUUCAAGUCCUCCCUUAUCAAAUCUUGACAUGUUCAUUUCACUUAGUAUCCGUUUCCUUCUUAUUCCAUGUCCCUUACUUCAUUCUUACUCUUCCUUUACCUCUCUUUAUUUCUCCCUCAUUCUUACUUCCUCUCUUUAUUUCUCCCUCAUUCUCACUUCAUCUCUUUAUUCCUCUCUCAUUCUCACUUCCUCUCUAUUCCUCUCUCAAUCUUACGUCCUCUCUUUAUUUCUCCCUCAUUCUUACUUCCUCUCUUUAUUCCUCUCUCAUUCUUACUUCCUCUCUUUAUACAUCCCUCAUUUUUACUGCUUCUCUUUUUCCCUUUAUUUGAACUCCCACCUUUUCUUCUUCAUAUUUUCUUCUUCUCCUUCUUCUUUCUUUUCUCGUUAUCUCUUUCUAUCUAUCUCUUUUCUUCUUAUUAUUAUUUUCUUCUCCUUCUUCUUCCUUUUCUUUUUAUCUCUUUUUAUCUAUCUGUUCUUAUUAAUAUUUUCUUCUUCUUUUUCUUCUUCUUCUUCUUCUUCUCGUCCAUUUAUUCUGCGUCAUUUUCUUCUUUUUCUUCUUUUUUCUUCUUCUUCUCCGUUACUCUUAUCCGCUUUCAUUAUUGAAAUAACUAUGUUUAUCAUUCCCCCUCCCCACUUACUUGCCUCCUCUUCUUCCGACUCUCUUGCAAACUCUACUUUUCCCUGUCACUUCUGCUCUUUCUUCUGUCCUUUUCUUAAAUAA